AUGAAUAAAAUAAUAUUCUUGGCGCUCAUUUUAGCUAUAAGUUGUGUACAUUCAGAAUAUAUUCCAACUACAUUCGGUCUCUUCACAAUUGAAUCACAAUAUACUGUAUUCAAUGCAUCCACUGCAGCCUUUAUCGGUAAUACCUCUUAUCCAGAUAUACAUUAUGAUCUCAGCAGUGUCUUAGCUACCGAUGCAGAUUCACAAACCAUUACAUUAUUGGCUCAAGGAGUUAAUACUUGGCUUGUUGAAUAUUCAAUUACAAACAACUCAUUCAUUGUUUUAAGUGAAAUGAAAAAAUCCAUCUCCUAUGCUAUUGCUGCUCAACGUUAUGCAUACGAUGCAGCACACAAGAUUGUUGCAGUUGUUGGUGCCACUGCAGUUGACAGCGCCAUGGUCAUUAACAUUUGGAAUUUCGCCAAGAAAACAAUUGAUGUCGUACCAUUAAAUAUUCCAUACCUCGCACCACCAGUCGGUUGUUAUGACGAUUCCACUGGACACUAUUAUAUCACAUACACCGAUAAGAAUUCGAUGACUCACCUCGCCAUUUUCAAUCUCCUCACCAAAAAGAUGGUCAGCAAGCAAAUCAUGACUUUGCAAUCGAUCAGACCAGUUCCAAUCUACAACAACGGUCAAAUGGUUCUCGUUGACACCAGAGAAACUCUUUUCCUCUUCUAUUCCGUAGAUCUCUCGGAUUUGAGUUACAAGCUCUUCCUCAAGAUUCCAUUCUACUUCCCACAGAAUAUUAUGAUCGUUCCAAUUGCAACCUACGGUGAUUACGCCAUCAUCAUUUCAUCCACCCAAACCAACAACUAUGAAUUCACAACCUUGAAUCUCAAUACUCUUGAAUACACCAACUCACCCAACUCCAAUUUAACAAUGCCAAUCUUUUCACCAUUGACAUUUGCUUUUUAA